GCAUGUGUUGUAAACAAACAUGGCGGCAAAACAAAACAUGAAAUAAUUUUUUUUUAAAGUUUCAGCGUUUCCGUAACAUUAAAGGAAUUUUCAAUAUUGACAGUGCAGCUAGGUUUAAGAAUUUUAGUAUGGCACAAUUGUGGCAACAUCCAUAUGUAAAUGUUUUUAAGCAUUUUAAUGUAUCAUCAUGGAAGAAGGCAACAAAGGAAGGAGAGGUAACCUCUUCAAUGGACAAAGCAGUCAAGUCAACAGUUUUCAAGAUUGUUGGAUCGAUACCUGCAGGAAACUAUAUUCAGUUACCAAAGACCAGCACCCAGUCACUCGGCCUCACUGGACGUUAUAUGUACCUCCUGAUUAAACCAAUACCAACAAAAUAUUUUGUGGUUCAUAUAGAUGUAGCUACACAAGACAAUCUUGUAGUGAGAAUAUCAUUUUCCAACCUGUUUAAGGAGUUUAAAUCCACCUCCACAUGGUUACAGUUUCCGUUUGUAUGUAAAGCUACUAGAGGGUCAGUGCAUGCAGUAACUGCAAUGACUGGUAAAGAAAACAGUGGUCCAGCUCCUCUGUCCACACGCUGGACAAUACUGUGUCUAGACUUUCAGUACAUAUUGGCCAUGUAUCUGAACAGGAAGUACUCAUAUAUCAAAGGUGUCCGUCUGUGUGCUAAUAUGUUAGUCAAAAAUAUCUUUACCAGUGAUAUACAAUAUGAACCAGGGUUGACUGUUGAACAGGUGAAAAGAUCAGGUGGUCUAUCAGGAGUAUCACCAAUACCAAGGGAGUUAGAUUAUCCUGUAAUGAAGGGAGAUAAAUGGCACGAUCUGUAUGACAUGAUAAAGUUCCCGGCCGAGGCCAGCAAUAAACCACAUGACACUAUAAAAUCUACAUCAUCAGAACCUAGCUGUAAAGCUGUGAGACCAACAUCAAGUGGACCGAAAAGAAUCGAGUCAAAGAAGGUAGAUGCUAGUAAAUGUAUGUCAGACCGAGUCUCUAUCUUACAUAAUGUAACAAAGGACUCUUCUAACAAGUAUCAUCGUCGACGACCUGUGACAUCUGAGCUACCAUCUGUUGGUGUAGAUGAUAUUGAGGUAGAGAAGGACAGAGAGGGAGAGAUACACGUGUUUGCUCACCCAGACAGUAGUGUUGUCUUACAUCAAGAUGAUAAAUACACUGGAGAGAGUCUUGUAGCCAGAAUUGAUAAACCCACUGAUAUAUUUCCAGUGAAGAAACCAUCAUACAAGAUACUAGAACCAGAUCCAAUAUUAAGACUGAAGAGGAUCAUAGGGUUUGGUGGGAGUUCAUUUAGAGAUGCAUUAUGGACAGAAGAUGGACAUUGUUUAGUAUAUCCUUGCCAUGCUGUUGUUGUAGCCAUGAAGAUAUCCAAUGGUCAUCAGAGAUUCUUUAUAGGUCAUACCGACAAGGUUUCAGCAAUUUCAAUGACCAGCAACUCUGAGUUAUUAGCCAGUGGACAGACAGGUCCACUAAGUGUGGUGAGAAUCUGGAAAAUGUUGACUGGUGAAUGUCUCGCCCUGUGUAAAACACACUCCCACUCAUUGUCAUGCUUAAGUUUUUCACACAAAGGUACUAUUUUAUGUGGUGUUGGGAAAGACAGCCAUGGAAAAAAUAUGGUAGUGAUAUGGAACACCAGUAAAGUUAGCAAAACAAGGGAGGUCACUGUAAUGGCCAAGGCACACUCGGAUGUUGAUAUCUGCAGGAUGAGAGUGGCAGCAUUUGAUGAUACUAGAAUGGUAUCAUGUGGGCGUGACAAUAUACGGUUAUGGAGAGUGAAGGAGGGGUCAUUAAGGUCAGCACCUGUCAAUCUAGGAGAGUACCACAAUAUGGAGUUAACUGAUGUGGCAUUUGAAGCUGGGUACCAUACAAACAAAGAUCCUGCUGACAGGAUUGUGUAUGCCUGCAGCAGAUCUGGUCAUAUAUUUGAGAUAGACAUUAAGAAAGUUUGUGUACAACAUGUAAGAAGACUGUUACCAAAUGAGGCAAGAUCAGACAAAGAUAAACAGACAUUUAGAUCAGGUCCAGGUAUUGCCAUCAACUGUAUGUCAAUCAAUGAGACAUUCUGUGUAACGGGAUCUGAUGACGGCUUUAUGAGACUGUGGCCUCUAGAUUUUGCCCAUGUAUACCUAGAGGCGGAGCACGAGGGAUCAGUCACUGCUGUAGAUUUCUCCUCUGAUGGUUUGAAGAUUCUGGCUGGUACUGCACAGGGAAAUCUAGGAAUGUUAGAUAUAACAUCUCGUGGAUAUACAACAUUAAUGCGUUCACAUACAGGUAGUAUACGGAGUGUAGCUGUAGAUCCCUACAGGAAACAUAUUGCUACAGUGUCCGAGGACAACACAAUCAGAGUGUGGGAUUCUGAAUCUUUACAACAGUUGUAUGACUUCAGUGCACCGAAUGAAUGUCCAUGUACCAUCAGUUAUCACCCGUCACGGCAGAUAUUCGCAUGUGGGUUUGAAAGUGGAGUUGUACGAGUGUUUAAUGUUCAGACAACCAGCCUGCUAGCAGAACACAAACAACAUCGGGGCAAGGUAACUGGUCUCUCAUUUAAUCCUAACGGUGACUUCCUGUAUAGUUCAUGCUCACUGGGCUCACUAGCCAUGUAUGAUGCCACAUCGGAAGGUUAUCCGUUGUUACGUCUCCUUGGUAACACAGUUGCUAGGGGAGAAAGAUAUUGUCCUGACGCCCUGGCUGUAAGUCCUGAUGGACGUCGUGUGGCAUUUAUAGGACCGUCAGAAUACACAGUGACCAUUGUAGACUCUAAAUCAUUAGAUGAGACAAUGAGGAUAGAUGUAUCUAGUAUAGGACAGGGAGGUAAAUCUCGGAUAGACACGGCAGCGAAGAUAUACUAUUCACCCAUCAAAGUCAGCCAUCUUCUGGUUGUUACAGGAAACAAUAAACUACUCAAGUUUGAGGCCAAAACUGGCAGGAUUCUGUCCGAGGUGGACCAUAUACACAAGAAUGGUUGUUCCUCUAUAGCUCUAACAGAUAAUGGUAAUUAUCUAGCAACAGGAGGUGACAAGGUGAUCAAAGUAUGGGAUUAUAAUAUGAGAUUAGAUAUUAAUUUUCAGGUAUUUAUUGGUCAUUCAGAGAAUGUGUCAAGGAUUAUAUUUACACCAGACAGUAAGAACUUGUUAAGUGUUGGAGAAGCUCUGUAUUUGUGGGACUUCCUGGCCUAUAGACCUUCUUCACCCUCCGAGGGACGUGAAUAUAGAGAAAAAGACUAUCUCACUGGACACACAGACAAACCCACUGCAGUUUCAUUUAGAAGUAACCCUAGCACUCGUAGCCCUAGCCGAGACAGUCUGGGAGAGUCCUUCCUUGACAUGCCACGCCGUACACCACCUAGGCCUGCAAGAGAAGACUCUCCUGGUAGAAUAGGAGAUCUUAGCUCUAUCAGAAAAUUUCCGUUCGAUGAUGAUUUAGAGUCAGUAAGUUCAGAGAAGGAACCUGUGUUGGCAAGAGCACCUAGACUUGAAGAUAGAGUUACCCACAACCAUUCUGAUGAUGAUGAAUUAGAACCAGAUACUGAGAGUGAAACUCUGGUCAACGGCCAGUAUGGUCAACAGUUUAUCCGACAUACCAGCCCAGCCAGGAUGCCGUGUAGACAUGCAGCACCCAUGGGUAUGACACCGAGACAGAAACACGAGGAGACCAAAGUCACUAAACCAGGGGCAUUUAAACAUUUUGUUCAACGAGAGAAAACACAUGCGAUGGCACAGAGAAGAUAUACAGCACCACCUAAUCAAGCUGGUAUAAAAUUAAAGUCUGUCAUAGGUUAUAAUGGUAACGCUAGAAAUAACAUGGUCUGGCAUCCGGAUACUGGACUGUUUGUGUAUACAACUGGCAACACUAUCAUCAUAGAAGAUCUGAAUAACAGUUCACAGAAACAUUUAACAGGACAUGUUGAGGAAAUAUCAACUCUAGCAUUACAAAAUGAUUGUCAGACAUUAGCAUCAGCUAGUGGUAGUUUUGAGCUAUCAGGAAGUCAGAUAUGUAUAUGGGAUCUACAGUCACUGGUGUGUAAGAAGGUGCUAUCACAUCAUGAGUUUGAUAUUGUAUGUCUAGCUUACUCCAGAGAUGAUAAAUUCCUUGUCUCAGUUGGUGACUACAGAGACUGCUCUCUUGUUAUCUGGAGUACACAUAAUUACUGUAUCCUGACAACAUCUAAGGCAGCUAGUCCUAUACAUGACCUACGCUGGGAUCCAUAUACAGUAAAUGAGUUCUCCUCUGUAGGCCAGAAUGGUACAGUAUUAUUCUGGUUACUAGAUGAGACAACAUCAAACAUCUGCCUGAAUGUACAUGAAGGGGAAGUACCAGAUGAUCUGCUUUAUGCUAAAGGAUCUGGCAUGAAGAAGGAAUGUGUUGAGUUUACAUGUAUAGUAUAUGCAGGGGACAGUACUCUGUAUACGGGAACCAGUAAUGGUAAAGUGGCAGCAUGGGAUACCAACAAUAACAGCUGUUUCAUGCACUGGGAGGCUGAUACCUCAGAAAUAGAUGUGAUAAUCAACAGAGGUAACUUGUUGUUGACUGGUAGCGAGGGGAAGAAUGUACGGGUGUGGUCAGUUGUUGGUGUGGGGGAGAUGAGGCUCCCAGGGGAACAUUAUAAUGUACGUACAGGUGGUCUAACAAUGGAAGAUGAGAUGAAUGUAGAUGGUGCUGUUGUAUCUGCUGCAUUUGAUGAAGCCAUGGAUAUGGGCAUUGUGGGUACAUCAGCUGGUACCCUGUGGUACAUAAACUGGGGAGAAAGAACUAGUAUUAGGCUGGUAUCCAGCCAUAUGAACAAGGUAAAUGGUUUAUCAUUAUGUAACAAUGAGCUACUAGCAUCAUGUGCUGACGAUGGUAGUUUACGAGUGUGGGCAAUCAAUGAUAGAGAACAAGCUCUACAGUUCCAAGUUAAAGAUCAGUCCUGUACUUGUGUCAGCUUUGCUCCGAUGACGUCUGUGAAAAAUGGAAUUACAGACACACAUCAGGGCCGAGAUCAUUUACCCAACAUUGUAGCUGGUUACAGUGAUGGUACAGUUAGAAUGUUUGAUGUGAACAAGGUAGAAAUGGUUCUCAAGAUGCAUCCACAUGCUGUAGCUGUAACUGCUAUAAGCUUCUCAUCUGAUGGGACAAUGAUAAUAUCUGGAGGUAGUGAUGGUUUGAUAGCAGUAAGUAGUCCCACUACAGGUAUGACAGUCAGGGUGAUCAGUGAUCAUAAAGGGGCGCCGAUAACCAAUCUAGAUGUUACCAAUAAACAGGAUCAAGAUGUGGGAGUAUCUGCCCCUUUGCUCUGGUUGGCUACCAGUGCAGAUAGGCGUGUCAGUGUAUGGAGUGCUGAUUGGUCAAAAGAUUUUUGUGAGCUUGUUGAUUGGCUGACAUUCCCAGCUCCAGCCUUUGGGCCUGACGGCUCAGUAUUGCCAAAAAAUGAUCAGGCUGUAUUCAAUAAAUUACCACCAAGUAUAGCGAGAUUUUCACCAGAAGAGCCAGAUAUUAUUGUAUAUACUGGCUAUGGUAUGCAGAAAAAUAUGCAGUUCUACAGCUUGUCUCAAAGAAAGGUUGUGAGGACAUUAGCAUUAACUCACUGGUGUAGAAGUUUAGAUUUGGUCGCUGAAUGUCCACUCAUUGCUAUAGGUGCUAAUGAGCGCCUGCUGAAACUAUUGGACUAUUUUGAAGGCAGUUUCCAGGACUUUAUAGGACAUAAUGAUAGAGUUCAGACUGUAAAAUUCUCUCCUGAUGGCAAAUAUCUUUUCUCCGCCUCUCAUGCAGAAAUAUUCAUCUGGGAUGUGGCACUAUGAUAAUAUAGAAUGUUACACUGAGGCCUUGUAUUGAAUAUUCAUCUAGGAUGUGACACUUGCAUUGAAUAUUCAUCUGGGAUGUGACAUUUUAAUUGUACAAGAUGUAACAGUGACAUGUUGGAGUGUAACAUUUUUAUGUGACACUUCAAUAGCAUGAAAUAUUACACUGAGAUGUUGAGUGUAACAUUUUGACAGAUAGGAAACUGUGAUAUUUAUGAAUGUUACACUGAAAUCUGAGGUGCAACAUAAGUGAGAUAUGCUGUAAAGUUAGUGUAGAAUGUUACACUGAUUACACUGUGAUAGUAAAGAUAUUACUAUUUCAAAAUUUAGUGUAACAUUAACAGUGUUAUUUUUAUUUUACAUCUGAGAUGAUAUUCUGUGAUAAAUGUUUAAAAUGUAAUGAAUUACUGAGUCUGUUAUUUGAAGAGCUAUUGACUAUGUUCAAAUAAAUUUUCAUUCCCGCAUGAAUCUUGCAUGAGAAAGGAAUUAUUAUUAGUGUUAAUAGGUAAUAAUGCAUGUAAUGUUACACUACCAUCUUGUCAAAAGUUGUGAUACAUGUUUAAAGUUAAGGUAUUUGAUCAAUUAGUAACAAAUUGAUAAAUAAAAUUAUGUAUUAGUUAAUGAUUGAUUUGCCACCUUAUAUACAAGAUUAUUUAUAUAAAAGAUGUUUAAGAUGCUACUUAACCAGGUCUGAUAUUUAUAAUUGCAUUUAGUUUUAUGUAUAUUUUUGUAUUAAAAACAUCCACAUUUAUAAACCAUUCCAAUAAUUAUAUAUUUUAAGAAUUCCGUUAAUUAUGUACCUCUAAAUUUUUAAUGUUUUUGCUUGAUAUGCUAGUAGAUGUAUACUCAUAAUUUCUAAUUGACCAGUAGUUUUGAUUCCGGUUUUGGUUUGAAGUGAAGCCAAAAAUCAGUGAUUAUAAAUUUAAUUUGUAAAAAUAUACCAUUUACAAGUUAUCAUGCAAGUAUUUAUAGCAUCAUGUGUUUUGUAAAAACUUGCUUAUCAAUGUUGUAAAUGUAGAUGAAACUUCUAUAGGAUUUUGUAGGGAAACAUUACAUACAUGUACUUCUCAUGUACUGCAAAAG